CGUCGAGUGGGCCGGCGGCGACAUCGGCAUCCUCUGCGCGGCCGCUCGGCGGGCUGGAGUCGUCGGGAAUCGCGGCUGCAAGCGGGAGCGGGCGGCUAAGGCCGGGCGGGAGAGCGGUCGGUGCCUUGCGGGGAGCCCGGCGCACUUGGCUGGGGCGGCAGAUGUGUCGGGGUCUCCCUCUGCGUGCAGCGCUUGCCGAGCCCUACAUCGGCGCUGCGCGGCGUCCCGGGGACAUCGGCGGCGUUUGUCAUCGCCGCUGCCUGCCCCUUCGUGGCACCCGGCGCGGGUGCCUGUGCUGCAGAGCCGGGGCAUGGGGACUUCGCUGCUGCCCGCUCCGCUCUGCUUCUGCCUCAUUUUGCAGCAAACUGAAGUACUACAGAUUAAUAAUCUUACUCUUAUGCAUGUAGAAGGCGUUCCUGUUGUGUUGCUUAAAAACAAAACAAAAAAAAAAAAAAAACCUCUAAAUUAUGCGCUUUUAAAAGCACAUUUCCGUUGUUGCUGAGCUCUGCUUUUCGGUACUUAACCAAAAAAUGAAAGCUUUCCCAUCAUGUCUCUCCACGCAGUAGCGCUUGCCAGCUUCAGCGGAACGGAAGUCUUCAAGCACCCCUGCUCUGAAAAGCUAAACCACAAAAGCCUAAAGGUGGCAUUCACCGACUCAGUGUGUUCUUCAAAUCCCUCAGCGAGGAUUAGCUGUCUUGCUCCAACACCUCAAAUCUCUGUUCUCUCAGAUGAAUCUUCAAGGCCAGCAGUGAUUGGACAUGCUGGAAGUUUUGGGUCAUACCCAGGCAGUGCUGAAGCUAUCAAAGACAUUCUCGUGUCUGUUUUAAAUGCAUCUGGUUUGAAGCCCACUUUGGUGUUGGAGCGGAGCGCUAUGCAGGGAGCGGAGCAUCUGGACAGUGAUGUGGAACAGUGGGAAGAAAGCAGCGCUGGGGGCAGCCAUGAUGACAGUGACAGUGAUUCUGCACAUCUCAACACUGCCUGUACACAAACGGACAUUCGGUUUACAAGGCCCCGAGUAUGUUGGAACAACACAGAUUGUGAUUCCCCCAAACCUUCACUGGAUCCUUUCCCUUGUCCUCAGUACACUGAUGGAGAUCCUGCUGCUUCCUCCUUGAAUGGUUUCACUCUUUCAGGCAUGGCCCCUCAGAAGCGUGACUGCUUUACCCAGGUGACAUUGACAGGAGGCACCAUCACAUCCACUGUUGUGCAUUCUGGAAAAGAAUUUUAUACCUCCCCUGAAACAGACUUGGCUUUCACAAGGUUGCUUUCAGAUUCAACUGUCAGUAAAACGGAUCUAGUGAAAUACCCUUAUGCCAUGGAGCCUGCACCUCUCAGCAACAGUGACAAGUCUCCCAGUGGUCUUUCCCAGUCAGAGCCAGUCAAUCCAACAGGUUCUACUUCUCCUUUGAACAUAAGUGCUAUACCCUUGAAUCGUUCAUUGCAGGACAUCUGCAUGCUUCCAGAGGAUGUGGAAAAGGAAAACGCACACUUUUUUGUUGCGGAUAUGAUUAUAGCAUCGCUAGAAAAAAUGAAAUGUAAUAUCCUAAGCCAGCAACAAGCAGAGUCCUGGGGUGUGGAGGAAACAAGUGCCUCAGAUGGCAGCUAUCAUACCGAUUCAGAGUUACCUUCUUACUCUGGAGUGAGGAAGUCUGAUUCUUCUGUUACCUCUUCAGACAGUGGUUAUGAAGGCUCUGCUUUGCUGCCUGCCAGCUCCCCAGUGCAUCUAGCAUCACAUCAUGAGGUUACCAGAUUUCGUUGCCACAGUGAUUCAGAGGAUGAAUAUGUAAUUAUUGAACUUGAAGACCUUGAAAGUCUGUCUGUCGCCCCUGAUAAAAGAUCAUCUUUUGAACCAGGCAGUAAUUCUGCUGAAGCAACAGCGCAGGAGUUGUGCAGAGCUUUCAGAAAAUACUGGUUGCAGACAGACUCUGCCGUUCAGCUGUCUGGUUGCCUGAACUCAUCGAAGCAGAGAUCUGUGCUGAAAGAAGAGAUUCCAAGAGAGCUUGAGUCCAGUUUGAAUCUGGCUGAAGAAAUAAAUAUCAUAUCCAAGUUAAGAGGAUCUUCUGGCUGGUCUCCACCAAGAUCGCAGAUUAUAUUUAAUAUUCAUCCUUCAGUCAAGAGAGAUGCAGUGGUGGCAGCUCAAAAAUUCAUAUGUGUUGGUUGUGGAACCCCGAUAGAAAGCAAAUAUAUCAGGAGACUCCGCUAUUGUGACUACCUGGGGAAAUACUUCUGUGACUGCUGCCACAGCUAUUCCCAGUCUUCUAUUCCUGCCCGAAUACUUUCCAAGUGGGAUUUCAAAAAGUACUAUGUGUGCAACUUCUCCAAACACCUACUGGACAGCAUAUGGCAGCAUCCCAUUUUCAAUGUGUCGUGUAUUAACAAAACCCUCUACACGAAAAGCAAAGAAAUGGACAGGGUCAGGGACACACAAGAGCAGCUUUUUCAUUUAAAAAAGCUUUUGAAAACCUGCAGGUUGGCUGAAAGUGUACUGAAAGAAUUUAAACAAGUCCCCAGCCAUCUGACAGAGGAACAGCAUCUAUUCUCACUGGAUGAUCUGGUGAAGAUCAAACGAGGGCAGUUACUGCCCCUUCUUAAAGAUAUUCUGAAGAGCUCCACCUCUCAUGUAGAUGGCUGUGAGCUCUGUCAAGCAAAGGGUUUUAUCUGUGAAUUCUGCCAGAGUGCAGACCUGCUCUUUCCAUAUCAGACUGCCAAAUGUAAAAGGUGCCCAGAGUGCAAAACAUGCUUUCACAAAGCAUGCUUCAAGUCUGGAGGCUGCCCCAAAUGUUUGCGGAUCUCAGCUCGGAGGACGCUUUCAGAAACACCAUCACUGGUGCCUCAGUGAAACUGGAUUACUCUGAUUGCUGACUUCAGAAGAUGCUCAAAGCCAAAUCUUCAGGUGCAUGACUAAGAGUUAAAUAAUGUUGUUUUAGACAUUACUGUUUCUAAUGCAUGUAUCCUUUAUGUGGGUUAAAAUUAAAAAAAAAAAAAAAACAAACAAAAAACAAAUGUCAGCUUUAUUAUCCUCAUUGAAAACUUACCCUAAAGGAGUUUCAUCUUAUCUGGUGACAGACUGGAUGUAAUUUUUUUGGGCAGUGUUUUGUUGCUAUGUUUUGUCCUUGUAUGUAAGAUUUUUAAUACUAUAUUUUUUCAUGUAAAAAUGAUUCGUCUCUGCAAUUCUGCAGAUAAUGUAUAGAUAGUAAAUGAGUGUUGGAAGUCCUUGCCUUUGUUUGACUUUGGAAAUGGGGGAAAAGUGGUUAAGUACAAAAUCAUUCUCUAAAAAGUUCUACAAUACAUAGAAAAGACUUGUCUGCAAGCUUUAGGCAGAUGCUAAUCUGAAAUUGCUGUGGCAAAUGCUUAUUCUGAACCAUUGAAUUUUAAGUUUCUUUUAAACUCAUCUAUGCAACAGCUUGUGGUGGGUUGACUUGGCCUGCUGCUAGAAGCUCACACAGCUGCUCUCUCACCCCAUUCCCCAAGAGGACAGAGAGAGAAAAUAAGAUGGAGGAGUUCACAGGUUGAGGUACAGACAGGGAGAUCACUUGCCAACUACUGUCAUGGGUGAAAAAGACCUGAUUUGGGGAAAAUUAAAUUUAUUGUAAAUUAGAAAUCGAGUAGGGUGGUGAAAAGCAAAGACUAAACCAGUAGGAUCCCCCUACCUUCCACCCAUUUUCCAGGCUGAACUUUGCUUCUUCAUUCCCAAUUUUUCUACCUUAUAGCCUGCCCCAAGUGGUGCAAGGGGGAUGGGGAGUUGGGAUGGCUGUCUGUCCAUGACUGCUCGUUUCUCCUUCUCCUGCCUCCACACACUUUUCCCCUGCUCCAAUGUGAAUCCUUCCCAUGGGCUGCAAUCUUUCAGGACAAACCUGCUCCUGCACAGGCUCUCCAGGAAGAUGUAGUUCCUUCAGGAAAUGUUGAUGGGCUUCAGUGGUGUCCUUUCCGUASACUGCAGGGGAAUCUGUGCUCUGAUACCUAAAGCACCUCCUCCUCCUCAUCCUUUUUCACUGGCCUUGGUGGGUGUUUUUGCUUCUGUUUCUCAUGCUCAUUCUUAAAGAUAUUUUCUUAGAGGUAUUACCAUCUUGGUUGAGGUGCUCAGCCACAUUCCACACUGUGUCCAUCAGAGCUAGAAGCAGUUGUAUAUGGCAUGGGGCAGUCCUAGACUCUUCACACAGAGGCCACCAUGCAGCACCCAGUGCCAACAUCUUGCCACCUCCACCAACUACUCCGCUUUAGAAGUUUCUUUCCAGAACACUUAGAAAUGUGAGGAGAGGCAAUGAGUGAUCAGGAGAGGUGCUCCCAUUUAAAUCCACCCUCACAGCAGACCGAGUCCUUGCCUAAAGGUGAAGUAUUGGAAAUUCUUUCCCUGCCUGGUUGGUUACUUCUAUUGAAGCCCUUGCCUUCAGAAAGGUAGAGCAGCUGCUUGAACCUGUAAAACCGUUUUUCUGUUUGUGCUAUGAAGUACCAACGAACAGAGAAAUCCCAGGACCUAAAAGCACAUAUCAAUGUCCUCAUUUCUCCACUGGGGUGCUUAUAGCAUUUUGAAUUUUUUUGUUCUUAUUUUUUCUUCUCCUCAUCUGCUUSCUCCACUUUUAGCAAGGAAAGGGGCUGUUACCUGGGACUGUGUAAGUUCACCUCCACAAUAAUGUUAAUAGUACUACUAAGGUCAUUAACACUUCCACUAAUCUAUUUUUUCUGUGAUCAAAAACAGCUUACCUACUUACUGCUCUGAAGCAAGAUUAGCAUCUCUUACUCAAGAUCAGCAGUGCAGGGUAAGAUGUGGUAAGAAGGAGCCUGCUUAUGCAGCUGACUCUAAUAUUACACAAGAGUAAAUUCUCAUUUAAGUUGGGUGCACAACUAACUGAAUCACAUGAAAAGCCUUGCUGCAGGGAUUUUGUGCUUAUGAAGGAGUAGACUUGAAUGAUCCUUCUGUGGAACAACCUGCAGGGCAGCUGAAUACAUCUUUUUCACUAUUCAUUAAUUUAGAAGAGCCAGAUCUGGUUUCUGGCUGUGCUUUUCAUAAAUGUUCAAGUCUUAUUAAUCAGUAGCAGUACGCAGGAGGGGGAGUGUCAGAGAGCAAGUUUCGUGCAUCAAGUGUUGAUAUUUCACAUGUGCUCAGUUCAGUCCAGGUCUCCAUAGAGCAUGUGCAGCUUAUCCUCAUGAAUUAUUGCUAUCUUCCACAACACAGGUUGCAGCAAGAGCAGAUCCUCAAUAACUCUGUAAAGCUGGCAGAAAGCAGAAGGCCUGAGAGUAUCAACAUGCUGAUAAUCCAAGUAAAACUGGUUAAAACGUUCUGCUGCUGAAGCUGUAGUGAGUAGGACUAAGUUGUGAGGUGCCAGCAGGCCGGUCCCAUCAUGGGAGGAAUAACAGAGGUCACUAUUUCCUACAGUUUAAGGGAUACUGCUUUUUACUUAGCUCUGGAGGAGGGUCAUACCAAACGCACAUUCUUCUGUGCUGGUGUCAGCUCAGGAUAGCACAGGAACAUCCUCAGGCUAUUCACCCUGAACGUCUUCUCUGGUGAGCAGCAAGGCCUAGGUGACUAGACCUGUAGACACAAACAUUUAUGUGUGGCUGAGGUGAGAGUGUCUUCUUAUUAGUGCUGUCCCAGGAUAGCAAAAAGCAACCAUGAUGAAAUUGAAAGGAUGCAUUAUCUUUCCAUAUUUGGUGAUAAAGUGGUUUGGGCAGAAAAGGAUGACUUCUGUGCUACACACCCUCUAAAUGUCUUUAGGGUGUAGCCAAUUUCUUUCAAUCCAGUUUUGAGACUCAUUAAGCUUCUCAGAUCGUUACUGACUCUUCAUGAGCAUAUCUCAUAUCUCUGUGGAUAAGUACUGACUUUGGUAAUUUCUGAGGCUAGACAAGAUGAUAAGGCAGAUCGAAGACAAGACUUUUCUUUUUAAGAAGCAAAAGCAAUAUGGCUACAGUAAACUUCUUUGCAGGGAGUAAAGUCCUACAGUCCUUACAUAUGUAAGUCCUGAAUUCUUUGAUAGGAGCUGACCUGAAAGGAUUAGGAAAAUUUACCAAGGAUUUGGGCCAGUUCAAAACUAGCUGCCUGCUAGCUAAAAAGCUGAACAUGUUUCACAUGUUACAACAGACCUGACUCUUCAGCUACAGAAAGGGAGUUGUCAAACUUGUCUGGUUGCCUGAGCAAUGACAAGCAAAGCUUGUUCUUUGCUGGGGGGUUUUAUGGUACCAUGUGGAUACAACAGGAGCGCUGCGGAGGACACUACUGGAAGAGCACUCUCAGGGGCUUUGAAGGUAGAGAAACCUAUUCCUAGCUAACUGCCUGCCUUACUCCAGAGGGAGAAUUCAGGCAAAGACAGUUUUAUUAGUAAUUUCCAUAGGCACAAGUUUUCAAAGAAAUACAAUCCUAGUAUGUUAUUCUUGCAGUUAUCUAUUUUACCUGCUUUUUCAAUAGUUACUUCUUUGUAUUGAUUAGUUGUAUUUUCCUUCUUAGUUUCAGUUACGAGUUUUCUGGAGGUGGAAAUGCUUUGCUAAGACUUUGUGCAGUGCAUUAAAGCCAGGAUUUUUCAUGAUGUAUCAUACAGCCACUACUAUAAACAACAGAGUAAUAUUAAUUAUCAGGUGUAGUAUGCUCUCACAAGUACAGAUCUUGUUGUGAUUGUAAGCAAGUAUGUCAAAUACUUAAGUAGUUUUAUGGGUCCAUAGAAUUCCAGGGAUGUCUGCCACACCCAUUCACUUCAAGAGAAGAAAACAUCCAUGUGUUUUACAAGAAAUUAUAUUUUGGCUGCUUUUGCACACAGUGUAUACAAACUUUGUCAGCAAGAGUCUUUCAUCCCUUGACAAGCCUAUUUUCAUGCUUUUAAUCUUUUAAAGGGAAUCUAUCUUGAUUUCCCCACAUAUGCUCUAUGACUGCUGCUUGAUACAGCUUUCAUUUAGGCCAGCAGUGUGAAUGCUCUGAAAAACACCUGAAGUCUUCUCUAAGAUAUCAGUUUUACUUACAUGGUUCAGCUCUGACAAUUAUUGGUAUCCUUUGGUCUAGUGUACUUGCCCUCCUUUGUGAUUCUGUACAGGUCUACUAGACCCUUUAAUUUUGUACAUGUAAGUGCCACGUUUCAUCACACAUUGUGUUAUCUGUCUAACCACAGACUGAAAAGUCUCUGGAAGAUUGCAAAACCAGGAGGUCAUUAAUGGAAAUAUGAGUAAAGGAAGGAAAAGAGAGAUUGGAGUUUUCUAUUAGGAAACAGAAUCAUAGGAUCUUCAAGGUUGGAAGAGACCUUUAACGUCAUCCAGUUAAACAGAUUUACAAGGAUUUGGGUAGUGUACACAUUAGUGGAGUGUUGAAAGAGCUAAAAGAAGUUCUGCACCAAAUAAGUCAGCUAUCCUGUCUUCCAUGGCAAUAUUUUACUUUUGUCUAGAUUAAAAGGAAAAAUGCAGGUUAAAUCUGUUACCAGGAAGUUAAACUUGCCCAGAACUGGUCUCUGGUACCAAGGAAAAUUUGUGCAAGAUGGGCCAAAUUGCAAUACUCCAUGCUUUUGUUCACUGUGAGUCACCAGAUCCAGCAUUCCUGUUGUGAAUGACCCCACAUCCAUGCUAGUCUGUUCCACAUCACCUGGUCUGUUCCUGCUGUUGGGAGCCAGAAUUGUGCCAUGUUUAGGCUUAGCAGUCAGUAGAGCUGUCUGUGAUUUAACUAGAAAUAACUUCAGUGGCUGUCCCUGGGUUGCUGUAGCCACUCAUGAUCAGGAAAGUUUACAGGUUUGCGGCUGCCAAUUAUUUGCCUUCCAUAAAAUGCUGGCACCUACCUAAAUUAUUUUUCCUUACCAAAUUGCUCAAGGUUUGCUAUUUUAGGACUUUUUGCGUCUUAAGGAAGUGGAAAAAAGAAGUGGUUUUUUUCUGUCUCCCCACAAUUCAGGUUUCCCUUCAGUGUAUCAUUUUCUCUUCACCUAUUCACAGCCAAACCAAAUGCAGUGCCAGCCUGCUCUAAGCAUGGGGCUGGACAGCAGGGGGACUUGGAGGACAAAUAUGAUCCCCAAGAGGGUCAAGAGUACCAAAGCACCAUUUGCCUAGAAAGCAAGCUGGUUUAUAUAGAAGGAUAGUAAGAAAUUGAGGAAUUUGUCCACCUAAUUCUGGUGAGCAAGAGCCAGAUUCUCCAUAGCCUUCAAGGAUAUAAGGGUGAGUGUCUGUGGAAAUACCAUGGAGUACCUGUGCAAUUGCAGGCAUGGAUGGUAUGAGCAGACCACCACAUAGACAGGGAAACCUGACCCAAGGAAGCAGCAAGAGUUGGACACCAAAAUGACCAAGUGUCCAACUGCAGGGAUCAUAUCCAUGGCACAGAUUUUUGUAGUAGCAGUGCCCAUUCCACAGCCCUGGGGUGGUACCUGCUUCCUAGUACAUUACAAAUGAAGCCAGACAUCAAUGGCCAGGAUCCCAUAAAAAGUGCUGAAUUCCAGAUUAAAGAGGAACUGAAUAAGAAAAAAAAAACAUUCCUCUGAAGGCCUUAUUUCAAUAGUCGUUUCCAGUGACAAUUUUUCCAUUGCCUAGGGGUCUUCUCCUCAGGCCCAGAAUUGCCCUAGUCUGAGCAUCUCAGUUCCAGUUUCCUGCCUGUGAUUUCAAAAUGGUGAAGUCUGCCUGAAUGAUGGACAGAUGCUUGCUCAAGAGAGCCCAGGGAACUGGGGGAAAUGUUUGUGGAGCAUCUUUCAAUAUCAGCUUAUAGCUGGGAACGUAAUUUUAUUCAAGUGCCUGUCUGAACAGUGCAGUGUCUGGAUGUUCUUGGAUCUGUUUGGACAAUGGACAUUUGCAGGAGUUGAGCUGGACUGAUUUUGGACAGCUGCUCCCACUGUUCCUGUGUCACUUAUCUGAAACGAUCUGACUUGGUUUACUUCCCCAAGCAGCAGCAGCAGUUCCUCUUGGAUUCCUUUCUCUGCUAUUUUAGUCAAGGCAUUUCCAGUUGUCCAUAGAGCAAGAUUCAACAGACAUAAAUCUCCACUGUURAAAGCCCCUCUUCUCCUAGGCCUGCUUGCUUUAUUCACUUUUUAAAACAUUUUUGCCUCUUUACAGUCUAGGUGAAUGUCUUUAUGAUAAAGUAAAUAAAAUAAUAAAAUACUGUUGCUAUUCCAUAAACUAAGGAUGAUAUGAAGGAAGACGUUUGCAAAAAAAAAAAAAAAAUAAGAAAAAAGAAAAGAAAAAUGCUGUCAGGUC